UUGUUGUGGAGCUGUUGGAAGCACGUGAAGCGCGCAACGUCAUCAUAAACACUAGUAGGGAAAAUGGCGGCUCCUGCGAGCAGCAAGGUUGUGUAUGAACAAGAAGGGGUUUUCAUUCAUUCAUCCUGUGCAAAAAAUGAUGACCAGGACAGUAUAAUAUCAGGAGUACUACGUGUCAUAGAAAAGGAAGCUGAAGUAAUAGUAGACUGGAGACCAUCGGAUGAUACUUUGGACUCUUCCAAUAUCCUCUGUGCUGGAAAGGAUUCCAGUUCAGUUGUAGAGUGGACACAAACCCCUAAAGAAAAAUCUCCACGAGGGUUAGACCACCAGAAUAAUUAUGAAGCAGAAUGGGACAUGGUCAACACAGUCUCGUUUAAAAAGAAGCCACGUUCUAAUGGAGAUGCUACAACUCAUGCAAAUGGAGAAAGCAAGUGGUCAUUCCAGUUCAGUUUGGCAGAUCUGAAGUCAAUCAAACAAAACAAAGAAGGCAUGGGAUGGUCUUAUUUGGUAUUCUGUCUAAAGGAUGAUGUCAUCCUCCCAGCUCUUCACUUCCAUCAUGGUGAUAGCAAAUUAUUGAUUGUGUCCCUUGAAAAAUAUGUGGUAUUGUGUGAAUCUCCACAGGAUAAAAGAAUUCUUCUUGUCAAUUGUCAGAACAAGAGUCUUUCACAAUCUUUUGAAAAUCUCUUUGAUGAACCAACAUAUGGUCUAAUACAGGGAGAACUACUAAACAGAAGAAAGACAUUUUGGGCCAUUCACCAUUGGAAAAAAUUGAAGAAGGAUCCAUAUACAGCAACUAUGGGAGGAUUUUCCAAAGUGACAAACUAUAUUUUUGAUAGUUUGCGAGGAAGUGACCCUUCAACUCAACAACGACCACCAUCUGAAAUGGCAGACUUCCUCAGUGAUGCUAUUCCAGGACUAAAGAUAAAUCAACAGGAAGAACCAGGAUUUGAAGUUAUUACACGCAUUGAUCUAGGUAAACGACCUGAUGUUAUCAGAAGAGAGCCAGUGUCUGCUGAAGAAUGGACUAAGAACAUGGAUUCAGAAGGAAGAAUCUUAGAUGCUGACUCCAUAAAGCAAAUGAUAUUCAAAGGGGGACUCUGCCAUGCUUUGAGAAAAGAAGUAUGGAAAUUCCUCUUGGGUUAUUUUCCUUGGCACAGUACUAGAGAGGAAAGAACUAAUUUGCAAAAAAGAAAAACAGAUGAAUAUUUCAGGAUGAAACUUCAGUGGAAAUCAGUCAGUGAUGAGCAAGAAAAACGAAAUUCAAGAUUAAGAGAUUAUAAGAGUCUUAUAGAAAAAGAUGUAAACAGAACUGACAGAACAAACAAGUUCUAUGAAGGCCAAGAUAAUCCAGGAUUGAUCUUGCUUCAUGACAUUUUGAUGACCUAUUGUAUGUAUGACUUUGAUUUAGGGUAUGUUCAGGGAAUGAGUGACUUGCUUUCUCCUGUCUUGUAUGUCAUGGAAAAUGAAGUGGAUGCCUUUUGGUGCUUUGUAUCAUACAUGGAUCAAAUGCACGAGAACUUUGAGGAACAAAUGCAGGGUAUGAAGACACAGCUAAUUCAACUGAGUACUUUGCUUCGCUUGCUAGACAGUGGAUUUUGCAGUUACUUAGAAUCUCAAGACUCGGGAUACCUUUAUUUUUGCUUCCGAUGGCUUCUGAUCCGAUUUAAAAGAGAAUUUAGCUUUCAAGAUAUUCUUCGAUUAUGGGAGGUAAUGUGGACAGAGCUGCCUUGCCAGAAUUUUCAUCUUCUCAUCUGUUGUGCUAUCCUGGAAUCUGAAAAGCAGCAAAUAAUGGACAAGCGUUAUGGUUUUAAUGAAAUACUAAAGCAUAUCAAUGAACUGUCUAUGAAAAUUGAUGUGGAAGAUAUACUCUGUAAAGCGGAAGCAAUUUCUAUCCAGAUGAUGAAUUGCAAGGAAUUGCCUCAAGCAGUUGGUGAGGUCCUGGGGAUGGAGACCAGUGCUGUUACAACACCAGAUUCGGACACUGGAGAAGAUGAAAGUGUUACUGUGAUGAGUCGUUCUGCAUCAACAUAUCAAAAUCUCUCAAUGCCUGUAACUGCUGCCAACGGAACAAGAGAGAACGCACAACAGAUGGCUGUGACACAUAGUGCCCAAAGAUUGACACCUACAUAAUUACACUUGGUUAAAUUCUUGAAGAGACACUUUACUGCAGCUCUUUUUUUCAAGCACUUGAGAGGUGGAUGUUUAAAAUUUGGUGUUUGAUUAAGCUUUAAGGUUUUGGAAAGAAAUUCUGUACUGUAAUGCUCUUGCAUUAAAGCUUUACAACAUGACCUGACCUAAUUAUUUUUGUAGUUACUUCUACCAAAAUAGCCUUUUGUUUUCAAUAACAUUCCUUACUAUUUUUGUAGCAAAGUGCAUUUCUUUUCUGGUGAUGAACUGGAAAUGGCUAAUAGUUACAAGGUGGGUGAUUUGGGAAUGAUGCAUCUGCUGAGUUUUGACUUACUAUUCUGAGCUUUGGUGAUUCUUUGGUUUGAUCAGAUUCAAAAUGGGUGAACUGAAGCUCCUGUACAGCAUUUCCAUGCUGAAAAGAUGGUGAUUUCCAGAAGAGGAACAUUUUGUAAAUGAACAGAGGUUUUUCCUUCUCAAAUGUUUACAGAAAUAUUUCUUGCUGUUUGAAUGUACAUUUGAAAUGGACGUUUUGACUUAUGACUUAUGUGUAUCCCAGGAAUGGAUAAACAAUAUAUUUUUUACAUUUAACAUCUCUUCACUUACACAUAUAUAUAUAUACUACCUACAUAAGCAAUUAUUUGUGAAUACUAAAAAUAGGCAUAUUUUCAAUAUUUGAAUAAACUUGACUGUUCAUUAGUCAAUUUGACCGAAUUAAUACACAACAAUUUCAACCUGGGCUCUUUUUGAAAACUAUUUUCUAAAUAAUUACUAUUUCUUGUGGGUAUGAUCAGUCCUACACCUGGUGUAAUUUUACAAUUAAUUUCUUGCGAAGUUUAUCUUUACCAAUAAUGUUUAUUAAAUUUGCUAGUAGUAUAUUAACUGAUCAGUAAACUCCUACUUAAACUGUUUCUAUGUCAGACUCUUUGGGACAUUUAAAAGCAGGUACAAAACUCUUGGAAAAUAGUAAUCACAAUGAUCUUAAUAAAACAUUUUUUUUGUAUAUGAAAAAGGCAGUGUGAGUUUAUACCAUGCCAUGCUGUAUGAUUUUCUUAAGUCUUGUGGUAUUUAACAUAACUGAUUCAAUAUAUUCAUUGUUAUUUCGCAACUAAUGUACAUAUUAUAAAAUAAACCUCAAAAUCAAUUUAGUGUUUU